AUGAUGCAGUUUAUGUUGCUCUUUAGUCAUCAUGGGAAACUGAGAUUCCAGAAGUGGUAUGUCCCAUUAUCUGACAAAGAAAAGAAGAAAAUCACAAGGGAACUUGUUCAAACAGUAUUAGCCCGCAAACCGAAAAUGUGCAGCUUCUUGGAAUGGAGAGACCUGAAGAUUGUCUAUAAAAGAUACGUAAGCCUCUAUUUCUGCUGUGCUAUUGAAGAUCAGGACAAUGAACUAAUAACUCUGGAAAUAAUUCAUUGCUAUGUAGAACUUCUUGACAAGUAUUUUGGCAGUAUGUGUAAAUUUGAUAUCAUCUUCAAUUUUGAAAAAGCUUAUUUCAUUCUGGAUGAGUUCCUUUUAGGAGGGGAAGUCCAGGAGACUUCCAAGAAAAAUGUUCUCAAAGCCAUUGAACAGGCAGAUCUUUUACAGGAGGAAGCAGAGACCCCACAUGGUGUACUUGAAGAAAUUGGAUUGACAUAGAUCUUCAUUUUAGCUGAUGACAUCUCAGUGUUUCAUACUGUAAAUGUUUACUGUUUUCAUUGUAAUGUUUAGCUAAUGGUGUAAGAUGCUGUUUGUCAUUAUUACUGUUUUGCUAAGCUGCUUCAUUCAGGCCUAUAAGCAAAAUGUUCCUUUGAAAAGGGAACAAGAAAGUAAAAGUUCAAAAAACACAAAUGAAGGGGAAUUAGAUUUAAUUAGACUCGAUGUCUCCCUUCACUGCAUUUAAAAAUUCCAUUUGACUUCAGUAAGUGUACUGUUUUUCAUAAGCAAAUCAAGAACUUGUGUCUUUUUUCUUAGUAAAGAAGGGGGAGCUGUUGUGGGAAUAAGUCCAGAAAAUGGUAGCACUUUGGAAACUUGAAAAAUGUGUGUUUGACAUCCAC